GUCAGUAUCGGUACGGUAGCGACGGUGACUGGAAGUCGCAACAUACGCAAUUAUUGCAUCAUAAUAUCUAAAACAUGUCUUCCGACAAUAUAUUUCGUUCAAGAUCACAGGGUGUACCCUCUGAGGGUGUGAAGGACCAGUAUGCCGAUGGAAAAGCAGCAAGAGUAUGGAAGAAAUACAUCGGUGACAGCAACCAGAGAACUAAAAACUAUAGAGAAUUCUUAACGGGCUUGCUUAAGAAACAUGGAUGUGAGAAAGUGUUGGAUGCAGCCUGUGGUACCGGCAUAGACUCGAUGAUGCUGAUCGACGAAGGUUUUAAGCUGGUUUCAGUGGAUGCCUCUGACAAAAUGUUAAAACAUGCGUUAAAAGCCCGAUGGGAGAAGAGAAAAGACCCACGAUAUGAUGAAUGGAUAAUUGAAGAAGCGAGCUGGGAAACUUUACCUGAAGAUAUUGAACAAUUCCUGCCUGGUGCACAAUUUGAUGCAGUCAUUUGCCUCGGCAACUCAUUCGCUCAUUUACUCGACGAAUAUGAGGAUCAGAGAACUCAGAAAAUGUGCUUAAGAAAUUUCGCCAAAGUGUUAAAACCUGGUGGUCUGUUGUUCAUCGACCACAGGAAUCAUGAUGCUAUGAUCAACAGCGGAGCUACUCCAGGACAUUCCAUUUACUAUAAUUGCAAAUACCCAGUAGACAUAAAGACGUCUGUGCUAGUAGUGCGCGGUAAGGCGGAGAUGAUAACGCUCGACUACUGCAUCGACGCUAUUGAAGACGAUCUUAUUAAGGAAAAGAGCGAAUUCCGCCUGUGCUACUACCCACACCGGUUGCACAAUUUCAUUAGGAUGUUAGAUGAGGCGUUCGACAACCGCGCCAAGCACAGCAUCUACGCUGACUUCAAGCCCCUGGAAGAAGUCGACAACCCUGCAUACUACAUACAUGUUAUGCAGAAAGCGCUUAAUUGAUAAAACUUAAGAAUAGUGUAAAGAGCCAUUUAUUAAUUAUGUAAA